UAUUUUGAUUUGACCCAGGCAAUGGAGCUUUGGUCGCUGCUAACACUUCUGCUAUUAGCCAUUGCUUCGAAUGAGGCAUGUCAAGUGCAGAGCUCCUCCAGUGAAACGACCGACUGGUGGCAAACCUCCCAGUUCUAUCAGAUCUACCCGCGCUCAUUCAAAGACUCUGACGGCGAUGGCAUUGGUGACUUGAACGGCAUAACCAGCAAACUGGAGUAUCUCAAGGACUUGGGUAUAACAGCUGCUUGGCUAUCGCCCAUCUUCAAGUCGCCAAUGGUCGACUUUGGCUAUGACAUAUCCGACUUUUUUGACAUUCAGCCUGAGUACGGAACACUCGAGGAUUUUCGUGCAUUAAUCAAGCGAGCCAAGGAGCUGGAUCUGAGGAUCGUCUUGGACUUUGUGCCCAACCAUUCAAGCAACGAGAGUGAGUGGUUCCAAAAGUCGGCGAAAAGGGAGAAGGGAUACGAGGACUACUACGUGUGGCACGACGGAAAGGUGAAUUCCACCACUGGGAAGAGGGAGCCUCCGACUAACUGGCUUCAGUACUUUCGUGGAAGUGCCUGGGAAUGGAAUGAGCAGCGUCAGCAGUACUACCUACACCAGUUCGCAGUGCAGCAGCCCGAUCUCAACUAUCGCAACCCCCUGGUUGUGGAGCAGAUGAAGCGGGUGCUGCGCUACUGGUUGAACGAGGGCGUCUCCGGAUUCCGGUGUGAUGCACUGCCUCCGCUUUUUGAGGUCCUGCCCGAUGGCGACGGUCAAUUUCCGGACGAGGUUGUGAGUGGGUCCACCGAGGACGAAGAGGAUCGCGACUAUCUUACCACCACGUACAUUGAAAAUCAGCCAGAGACUAUUGAUAUGGUAUAUCAGUGGCGAACUGUGCUCGAUGACCACAAACGCAUUUAUGGGGGCAACUCAAGCGUCUUGCUUAUAGAGACGUACUCACCCGCCUGGUUUACCAUGCAGUUCUACGGGAACAGAAGCACAGAGGGGGCCCACCUACCCUUCAACUUCAAUCUGAUCACGGUGAUGGAGCAAAAGGGUAUUUCUGCGAGCAAUGUGCAGGAGGCAAUCGACUUGUGGCUAAAGAACAUGCCCGCAGGUCGCACUCCCAAUUGGGUACUAGGCAAUCACGACAAACGAAGAGCAGCUAGUCGGUAUGGAAAGGAGCACAUCGAUGGCAUGAACAUGCUGGUGAUGAUCCUGCCUGGAGUAAGUGUCACCUACCAGGGCGAGGAGAUCGGCAUGACCGAUGGGGAGAUCAGCUGGGAGGACACCGUCGAUCCGUGGGGUUGCAACUCGAAUCCGGACAUCUACGAACAGUACACCCGCGAUCCAGAGAGAACACCCUUUCAGUGGACUGGAGGAACUAACGCCGGAUUCACGAAUGGGUCCACCACCUGGUUGCCACUGGCUGCUGACUAUGAGACGAUAAAUGUUGAGAAGGAACUGAGCGAUGGUGUCUCACACUUAAAGAUAUACAAGGAAUUGGUGGCACUACGAAGAUCUUCCAAAACUCUGCAAAAUGGCUCCACAAAAUACCAGACACUUUCGGAGGACAUCUUCGUAGUUCAACGAUCUUUAACAAAAUCAGCCACUAUUGUUCUGGUUAUAAACUUUGGAUCGGUGGCGAAAAUCGUUGACUUAAGUCAGUUUGACAGGAACCGUACCGAGAGCCUGCUGCUGCUUAUAGGAAGCAUUGAUUCCACAAAAAAGAAGGGCACUCGGUACGAUCCGAAAUCCUUGAGUCUAGAUCCCUCGGAAGCCUUAGUCUUGACCAGCGAAUAAAACUCGUUUUUUGAAUGGAAA